GCGUGUGGGGGCGCUCUGGCGCGUGGUCUCGCGAGAGCGGCGGCCAUGGCGCUGCUGCGGGCUCUGCGGCUGCUGCUCUCCAGCCCGCGGCUCGUGGAGCGGCUGUCGGAGUCGCGGCCCAUCCGCGCCGCCGCCCGGCUCACCGCCACCGCCCUCACCCGCGGCCAGCGCGACCUGGCCCCGCGCCUGCUUCGCCUGCGCGACGCCUUCCUCGCCGAGCUCAAGGACGGCGCCCGCGCGCGGGGCUGGCCGUGGCCGCGCGGGCCGGGCCGCGGCGGCCGCCCCGGAUCAGCGCCGUGAUCGCAGCUUGGAGCGGGAGGCAGCUGCGGACAGCGCCUGGGAGGAGACGGGAACCGCCGCCGCUUCCCUGCGCCGAGCGCACGGAGCGCGUUGGAACCGGCGGGUGAAGGACCCCGGGCGGUGCCCGGGCUGAUGGCGAGCUGCGGACUGGACGGUGCGUUUCAUAUCGCAUGGCCUGGAGCGACUCCUCGGGAAAGCAUGAACACGGGAAGCUGCUCCUCAUCGGUUUCAUGGAUUUCCAUUUCAGAGACAGUAUACACGUUCCAUGGGUCUCAGGAACAAGCAGACUCACUUUAUAAUCACCUACAAUGCUGUGAAGGUUGUCACUAUAAAUGCUCAAUAAGAAACUUGAAAUAAAAUCACAGUUCUCACGGAA